CAAAGAGAAGGAGUGGGAGUGAGUAACGCUCCGAUCAGAUUGUUUUGAAUUCGUCGUCAACCAAUGAACGUGCCGAAGUCAAAAAUCAAUAACGAUACUAGCGCCAUGAGACCUGUGUCUGGCCGCAGCGUAACUCAAAGCCAUUUCUUGAAUCCCAGUUACAUUACUAUAGGGGAUAUAUUGUGAGUUGGUUGCACUUCUCUUGUAUAGAAGUCCUCUGGAGCUAAUCUUUUUUAUUAAUUAAUCAAAAAAUAAGAUUUUCUUCGAACAUGCCAGACGAAUCUGCACCAAGAAAUAUUGUUGAGAAAUUUUUUUCAUCCGUUAAUAACGUCCUAGAAGCACCAGUUAUAUGGGUCAGAGAAAAAGUAAUAGAACCAAAUCAAAAACAGUCUGCCUGGUACCAUCAAAAAUUUAGAAGAGUACCCACAAUAGAUCAAUGCUACACUGACGACAUAGUCUGUAUUACAGAGGCUAAUCUUCAGUUCAAAAGAGAUAAGCUAGUUGAUAGCGAAAUAUUAAGUAUUUUGAGAGAAAGAUUUGAAGAUUGUACCUUAUAUGAAGCUCCUGAUCAUUUAGAAAAGUGCACUCCACUUAUGAAGCAAUAUGAAGAAGCUGCAACUAAUUGGUUUAUUAAGUAUGGUGACUUAGGAGCUUAUGGUGCUGCUAAAGCAGCUUACAUGAAACAAAAGCAUAGAAUGAUUUGGGAACGUAGACAUGGACCUGUAGGCUCUGGAAUAAAGAACAAUUAA